CAAAGGCUGCUCCUAACCCUAAUCACCAGCAGUCACUCGCAAUCCCCCUUUCCUCUCUCACCCCCUUGCUUUCUUUUCUUAUCACUCGUCCAAACCACAGACUUCCUCAUCUUACUUUUCAGAACGUAAUCUAAAAAGAACAAGAGCUUUGUUACAAUAUUUGGAUCUUUAUGAAAUGCUUUUCAUUAAACUAACCAGUAACCUGACUGCUUAAAAUUAACUUCCAGUCUGUCUCCAGCAUUUCCCAGUAUAAGGAGUGCAGCCAAAGUCUGCACUGUACAAACUGACAUUUACACAAGCCUUUGCUCAGGAGACCACAAUGAACAGCAACAUAGCAGAAAAGGAGUGCUCUCAGGAUGAGAUCAACCUCCCAGAAGAAGAGGUGAGGACUCUUUUUGUCAGUGGCUUGCCUUUAGAUAUCAAACCUCGGGAGCUCUACUUAUUAUUCCGACCAUUUAAGGGGUAUGAAGGUUCCUUAAUAAAACUCACUUCAAAGCAGCCCGUAGGUUUUGUCAGUUUUGACAGUCGAUCAGAAGCUGAAGCUGCCAAGAACGCAUUAAAUGGAAUCAGAUUUGAUCCAGAAAUUCCUCAGACGUUACGCCUGGAGUUUGCAAAGGCAAACACAAAGAUGGCCAAGAGCAAGCUUGUUGGUACCCCAAAUCCCAGUGCACCUCAGCUGAAUAGUGUACCUCAAUUUAUCUCCAGGGAUCAGUAUGAGCUCACAGUGCCUGCACUUUAUCCAGGUAGCCCAGAAGUGUGGGCGCCGUACCCCCUCUACCCAGCGGAGUUAGCACCUGCUCUACCUCCUCCUGCUUUCACCUAUCCUGCUUCACUGCAUGCCCAGGUGCGUUGGCUCACCCCCUCAGAUGCUACUUCCCAGGGCUGGAAGUCUCGCCAGUUCUGCUGAGUAAUGUGUACCAGGUGUGUGAUGGUUGCUGCAGUCUGUCUUGUGGGUAUUAAUGUUCUAUUCUUUGUUGGCCACUGGAGUCUCAGGCUAUUCAUCACUUCAACAGUGUGCUGGCUUAGAGACCACCAUUUACUCCAUGUUUGAUCCCUUCAAGACAUUUCCCCAGCCUCUAUCACACAUCUGAUUUAUACCCAAUAUAAGAAGAAAGAAAAGAACGUGAAAAUGUCCUACCUUUGUACACUGUAAAGAACUGCAAAGUGCCUUAUGUGAAAGUUUGGCUAUCAAAGCAUUGCUACCUAACAUAUGCUUUCAAUCCUAAGCCAACCACUUGAGAGCAGAACUGGUUAAAGCAAGCAAUGUCCACCCCAAGCAAUCUUAACACUGUGUCAGACACACUAGUUUGUGCUACAAUUUUUUAUGGCUUGUAAUUAAAAAAAAAUCUAUUUUUGUUUGGAUUUUAAGCCUCAUGUGAUAUGCAUGUUUAAGAUAUUGUCUAAAAGCAUACAAAAAUGCAAAGAAUUGUAUUUAAGGAAUAGAUAUUUUGUCAUGCUAUUUUUGUUAAAAUGAGCUGUAAAUAUUGAAUACACAUUUGUGUGCUUUCCAGUAUUACCUAGUUGUAUGCCAAUUCAUAGCAACAGUAAUGAGAGUAAGAUCUUUCCAAAACACCAUUUGGUGAAAAUAAUGUAUCUUUUUAUAUUAUGUGGGGGGAAAUGUAUUAUUUUAAGGGAAUUUUAAACAGAAGGCCUUUCAUAUUUUGCACAGAUGGGACAAAAAAAGAUUUUCAUGUUAAUAUUAAAGAUGUCAAGUCAC